UUCUUACAAUAAUCAGUUGUAUAAUACAAGUUAUUAUGAAAUAUAUAUAACGGAAUUGUUUGUAUUAUAUGAAACACAUGUUGUGGAUACAAAUACGCCAUAAUCACUCUCAGGAGUAGUUUUGAGACGACAAGUAUAUUGCUGUCUGCUGAAAAUGCAUGGGAAAGGCAUAGUUUUCUUCGUUUUAUGACUGUGAUAUUAUUAAUUUAGAAUGAUUUGAAUACAUUUUGGGUCCUACAUUUCAUUAACACAUUGUUUCAUGAUGCCUCGUUUGACAGGUGUUGUAAGUGCCGGACUUAAACCUUUGAAAAAGUUUAAGAACUAUGAAACAGUGCCGACGUAUAAAAUACUUUUACCUCCUAUACUGAAGGACUCUGUGCCAGACACAGGGGGGAAAACGAAAGUUGCAGUAUGCCUACAGCAAAUGAACGUCAUGAUGGCUUGUUGGAAGAACAAUGAAUUUAAUGAAAGGAAAUGUUCAGAAGAAAUUAAAGCCUUUAGUGAAUGUAUGGAGAAGUCAAAUAUUGAAGCAAGGACUCUUCAAGAAGCCGAGAGACUUGGCCAGGCUGAUUCUGUUGCUGGGAAACCAACAUCUCGUAUAAUCAACAAGCUAUUGAAACGUUACCCACAACCCCCUACAACAAUCAAAGUGAAAAUGUGAUGCUAAUUCUGGCAUGAAUGGAGUCUUAGUGGAGGUAUCUCUGGCAAGUGUGUAUAGAAAGGGACAUGGUGAAGAUCCUCGACCUCCUGUCAUACACUUCACAGCUUUGUCCUGAUUUAGAUAGAAAAGCAUGUACACUCGCGGAAUCCUAUAGAUUAUUUUUAUGAAAAUAAACAUCUAUACAAAGAA